AUGGGUGAAGAACCUGUGGAACUAGUUGUUCCAGAUUUUGAGGAUGAGAAUGAGAAGUUGCGAAAACAGAAAACAAUCAUCAUUGAGGGAUUUCGACAUCCUGGCGGUUGGAUGACUAAUCCACAGGUUUGUCAUCUUUAUUUUUCGAUUUUGAAUUGACCAAUUGAAUUUUUAAGGUACAACGGCUGCUGAAUAGAUGUGAAAGAUUCAAUUCUACGUUUUCAAGAGCUCCGGAAACCAGCGAGAAGCAUAUUAAAACCGGAAGAUUGGAAGUUGAAUUAUCGACAGUGGAAAUUGCGCGAGAUUCAUAUGUGAUUCUUCAAAAUUUGGUCGUCGAUGGGAAUAAAGCAAUUGUCACAGUUGACCCGGUUUUCUGUGAGUUUCUCUAAUUUUUUCCUGAAAAAAAAUGAAUCAAAAACAAAAUUUUCAGUCGAAGCCGCGUCAGUUGUUCCAACGAGUAGUUAUUUCACACCAUCAGAAGAUGCUGUAACUCGAUCAUGCACAAUUUACGCGCUAAACUUGCCGAAAAGCACAGCUCAACAUUAUUUGGAAUGUAUAGUUGGUGCAGAUGUCAUUAAAUAUCAUCGAAUUCUUCCGCUUCCGAAUCAUGAGGGAUUGGUUCAAGCUGAAGUUCUUGUAAUUGAUGAGGAAACCGCGAAAAGUUUGCCGGCUGAUGUUGAAGAUUUUCAAAUUGAUGACGGGGAACAUAAUGCUGUUAUGAAGUGAGAUUUAGCCUAAUUUUGAUGAAACAUAUCGAAAUAUAUACCAAACUGAACAUGCUGAUCACGAUUCCGAAGACAAAAAUUGCCACAAAUGCCUGUGAGAAGGUUUCUGGAGCUGCGAGUUUUGGUUUUCGUCCAUUUUUACCAUGUUCCAGGGUGGAAAAUCAAUUUUCAACCUAUCAGCUUUUUAGUUUAUCAAAAAUAUGAAAAACCAGCUGAAAACUGUAAUUUUCAAAAAAGUCAUAAGGGCACAUUUAAAAAUUACAGUUUCAGCUUUUUUUUCAUAUUUUUGGGCAGUUUUUCAAUCGGACCAUAGGAAUCGGACCCGAUUUUGAGGGUUUUCUGAAUCGGAACAGGGUGACAUUUUUCAAUAGGAAUCGGACCACAAAAAAGGAAUCGGACCGGGUCCAAUUUUUUGAGAAAAAUUCUGAAUCGGACCCGAAAAAUCGGACCACUUUUUCAAAAUUUCCUGAUUUUUGCACCAAAAAAUUGACUUUUUUGAAAAAGUGGUCCGAUUUUUCGGGUCCGAUUCAGAAUUUUUCUCAAAAAAUCGGACCUGGUCCGAUUCCUAUUGAAAAAUGUCACCCUGGUUUCAGAAAACCCUCAAAAUCGGGUCCGAUUCAAAAUUUGCCUAUUUUUCGAUAAACUGAAAUGCUCAUAGGUUUUCGAAUGUGGUGAACAAUCUUAUCCAUUUUAUAAAAAUUGAUUUUCCACCCUGGAACAUGGAGAAAAAACUCGGAGCUCUAGGAAAGUGCUCACAGGAAUUUUUAACAAUUUUUGACUUCGGAAUCGUGAUCAGCAUAGUCGAUUUGGUAUAUUUUGAUAUGUUUCAUAAAAAUUUCAGAACCUAACCCCCUCAUGCGCUUCCCCUUGUAAAACCAAAAAUAAUAAAAAUUAAUCAUUUUAAUUUUCUUAAAGAUUACUGAGCACCGAUGAAUAUAUAGCUCUCGUCAAAUCGGAAACCGCUGCAAAACCAUUUUUGAUGUCGGGAAAUAAUGGAAAAGAAUCAAAUCAUCAACCGGAUGAUUUGGAUUUGGAAAAUGGAGAAAUUGAAGAAAAAUUGGAGGAUGAGCCAGAAGAUGAGAAAAUUGGGGAGGAAAAUGCGGGGCUGGCUCCGGAAAUUGAGGAAGAUCAAGUUUUGGAAAGGCUGCUGAAGGUGGGAUUGCUCAUAUCAAACUUUCUGAUGAAAAUUUCGGGAUUUUUGACAUUUUUUUCAAAUUUAAAAUUGAAAAGUCCCAAAUUCUGAAGUUCUGAACUUUUCUAAACACAAUUUUGAUUAAAUUUUCUGAAAAUCCGGAUUCUGAUGGAAAAUUCGGGAUUUUUGACAGGCAAAUUUUGAAUCGGACCCGAUUUUGAGGGUUUUCUGAAUCGGACCAGGGUGACAUUUUUCAAUAGGAAUCGGACCACAAAAAAGGAAUCGGACCAGGUCCGAUUUUUUGAGAAAAAUUCUGAAUCGGACCACUUUUUCAAAAAAGUCAAUUUUUUGGUGCAAAAAUCAGGAAAUUUUGAAGAAGUGGUCCGAUUCAGAAUUUUUCUCAAAAAAUCGGACCUGGUCCGAUUCCUUUUUUGCGGUCCGAUUCCUAUUGAAAAAAUUUCACCCUGGUCCGAUUCAGAAAACCCUCAAAAUUGGACCUGCUCCGAUUCCUAUGGUCCGAUUCAAAAACUGCCUUUUUGACAUGAGCAAUUAUCAAAAAUAAUGAUUUUUCGCAUUUUUUCCGAAAAUUUGUGUCCAAAACCCCCAUAUUUUUCAGCACAUUGAAGAUGAGCGAAUAAAUUUUGCGGAAAUGAACGAGAAGGAAGAACUUUACGCAUUGGCUGAUGUUGUUUCUGAAUCCUACGGUGGAUUACCCGAUUCUCUUCUCAAACCUGUUCUUUUAUCAGCUCUGCAACAAUAUUUAAACAAAACCGAAAUGCAUUGGAUGAGAGAACAUAUUGAGGGACUUAUUAAGUUAUGGAAAGUUGAAAUAAUGUCUGAGCAAUUAUUUGAUCGACCAAGUAUUGUUCGAAUGGAAACUAUUGAUUAUAAACCACCGAUUAUUGAAGAAUCGAAUAGAAGAUCGAAGAAAAAAGGAGCGGAAAAACGAGCAAAAGCUGCGCAGAGUUUGAUGGGUGUUGGUGCGUUUUUACAGCAGAAUCGGUCGAAAUUGAUUGUGGAGGAAGGAGAAUUGGAAUUGGAAGAGGAUCUGGAUGGAAAUGUUUUGUUGGGAGGAGAAGCGCUUAGUUUUGAAUCGUGGGCACAGUGAGAUUUUUGAGGGGGCAUUCAAAAUUAUUAGAAUUAUACCAAGAUUUCUGAAAAAUCCAAGAUUUAUGGUUGAUUUUCUGAGAGUUUCCACUCUCUAGACGCUGAUCCUUAAAAAUUGAAUUUUCUAGGCUCGGCUGCUUGUUAAUGUGGAUCUCAAGGAGCGGCUCCUAGACAAUUAGGUUCUCUAGGAGCGGCUACUUGACAUCUAGCCCUUCUAGGGUUGGCUAUUUGACAUUGAAGCUAUCAAGACUCGGCUGCUUGCCAAGGUGGAUCUCAAGGAGCGGCUCCUAGACAAUUAGGUUCUCUAGGCGAGCCUACUUGAAAACUGAGUUGUCUAGUCACCGUUCCUUGACAAUUGAAUUUUCUAGGCUUCAUUACUUGACAUUGAAGCUAUCAAGACUCGGCUGCUUGCUGAAUUCGAUCUCAAGGCGCGGCUCCUAGACAUCUAGGUUAUCUAGGCACAGAUACUUGACAUCUAGGCCUUCUAUGGUUGGCCACUUGACACAGACGCUCUGAAGGUGCAGCUCCUUGACAAUAUGGAUGUUUAGGCGCUGCUCCUCCAAGACAAUUGAAUUUUCUAGGCUGCAUUACUUGACAUAGGAGCUAUCAAGGCUCGGCUGCUUGCCAAAGUGGAUCUCUAGACGCGGCUCCUAGACAAUUCGGUUCUCUAGACGUGGCUCCUAGAUAAUAAGGUUCUCUAGGAGCGUCUACUUGACAACCAGCACUUCUAGGUUUAGCUAUUUGACACAGUCGAAAAUCUUUUUCUCAAAAAUCCCCAUUUUUUCUCCAGAAAAACAAAAACCAAAGCAAGCGGUGUUGUUCGAGCAAAUGACGAUGGAACUGUCAAAAUUGGAAAUGGUGGAUUGACCAAAAAACAAUUGAGACAACAAAGAGCUGUUGAAGGAAUGUCCCAAGAUGAUUAUAAAAAAUGGAGGUAAUUUGAAUUUUUCUAACAAUUUUUUUGAAAUCAAAACGUUUUUCUUUGUAGAAAAGAGAAACAACAUGCUCGACGAGCUGAUAUUAAAGUGAGAAUAAUGAAAAGAGGUGGAAUGAUUGAAGGAAAUCUCGAGGAAGAUCAGGAAGAAGAUCAGGAGGGAGAAGCUGAAGUUUCACAGCCGCCGCCGCAGAAAAAAGUGAAAGAUUUGGAUGAAGGAGAAAUUGAUUCGGAAGAAGAGCGAAAAAAUGAGAAGAAGAAGAAGAAGAGGAAAGCUGAAUCUGGAAGUUCAUCUUCGGAUUCAUCGAAUUCCUCGAGUUCUUCAAGUUCUUCGGGUGAAGAUGAAGCUGGAACAUCGGAUGCGAGACAAAGGAGAAGAAAUCGGAGGAGGAAAGAUCGAAAAGCGGUGAGAUUUUUUGAAAUUACAAAGACCUUCAAUUUAAAAAAAUUUUAAAAAAACGGUUUUCCCCCUGAAAAUCGCGGGAUUUAGUGCGAAAAAUGAUGAAUUUUGAUGUAAAAUAGUGUGUUUUUAGUCAAAAAUCAUGAUUUCCAGCCAGAAGAGCAAAUUUCAAGAGCUUCAAAAUGAGCCUAAGAAAAUUUCAGAUUUUUAGCUGAAAAUGCUCAAAAAUCCUAAAUUUCAAGUCAAUUUCAGUCAAAAAUGUCCAAAACUCGUGAUUUUCAGUCAAAAUUUCAGAUAUUUAAGUUGGAGCUCAUUUUUUAAAGCAAAUUUUCAAGAGCUUAAAAAUGAACCUAAGAAAAUUUCAGAUUUUUAGCUGAAAAUGACCGAAAAUCCCGAUUUUCAGCAUAUUUUUAGUCAAAAAUCGCUGAAAAUCCUGAUUUUCAGCCAGAAUUUCAGAUAUUCAAGUUGCUCAUUUUUUUAAAAGCAAAUUUUAAGAACUUCAAAAUGAGCCUAGAAAAAUUUCAGAUUUUUAGCUGAAAAUGCUCAAAAAUCCUGAUUUUCAGGUCAAUUUUGAUCUAAAAUUGUGUGUUUUUGAUCAAAAAUCGUGAUUUUUAGCCAAAAUUUCAGAUAUUCAAGUUGUAGCUCAUUUUUUAAAGCAAAUUUCAAGAGCUUCAAAAUGAGCCUAAGAAAAUUUCAAAUUUGUAGCUGAAAAUGCUGAAAAAUUCUGACUUUCAGGUUAAUUUCAAUCAAAAAUGUCUAAAAAUCGUGAUUUUCAGCCAAAAUUUCAGAUAUUCAAGUUGGAGCUCAUUUUUUAAAGCAAAUUUCAAGAGCUUCAAAAUGAAUCUAAGAAAAUUUCAGAUUUUUAGCUGAAAAUUUGCUGAAAAUUCUUAAAAAUCCCGACUUUCAGCAUAUUUUCAGUCAAAAAUGGCCAAAAAUCAUAUUUUCUGGCUUAAAAUUUCUGAAAAAUCCCGAUUUUCAGCAUAUUUUCAGUCAAAAAUCGCUGAAAAUUCCGAUUUAAUUUUCAAUUUUCUCUGAAAUUUUCAGUUUUAUUAAAAUUCAUAUUCCCGUUCUCAUUUGAAUUUUUCCUCAAAACUAUUUUUCAAAAAUCCUGUUUUCCAGCCACGAAACGUGAAAAUGCAGCCAAAAAUCUCGCCAAUCUUCAAAGAAAUGUUCGAAAAUCGAAAAGCUAUCAUUGCGAGUAUGUCUCCAGCUCAUAAAGUUGCAGUUGCCAAUGUUCUCAAUCAGGUUUGUCUAUUUUUUCCCCGUUUUUUUAUCCCACAAAUUAUUAUGUUACAAACUAUUUUUGGGUUAGUCGAUAUCCUGUUGCGUCGAAAUGAUGUAACAAUACGUGCGCGAAGGACUCUUCAAAAAAAGUUGCGCAAUUUUUGGGGGAGAUUUUGUUUGAGUUAUUACAAAUUGUCUAGGACUCGCGUCUAGAGAACAUAAUUGUUAAGGAGCUGAGCCUUGAGAGAUUCUACCUCAAGCAGCUGAGCCUAGAGAACCUAGUUGUUAAGGAGCUGAGCCUAGAGAACCUAGUUGUCAAGCAGCUGAGCCUAGAUAACCUAGUUGUAUAGGACCCGCGCCUUGAGAACCAAAUUGUCUAAAAGCCAGGCCUAGAGAAACUAAUUGUCAAGCAGUCGAGCCUUGUUAGCCUAGUUGUCAAGGAGCCGCGCCUUGAAAAUCACUGUGACUAGGCACGGCGCCUUGAGAGCUUCUACCUCAAGCAGCUGAGCCUAGAAAACGUAGUUGUAUAGGACCCGCGCCUAUAGAACCUAGGGCAAGGAGCCGCGUCUUGAAAGCCACUGUGACUAGCUACGGCGCCUUGGUAGCCUCUACCUCAAGUAGCCGAGCCUAGAGAAUCCAGUUGUCAAGGAGCCAAACCUUGAGAGCCUACAAAGCCUAGUACCGGUGCCUAUACCCACUUCUAAUAAAAUCUAAUUCUCAAUUUUUCCACAUGAAUAGAUCUCUAGUUAAUAAUAUACAAAAUUUGAAUAGCUGAUCCUGAUCCUACCGAAAAGAUAAUCCCAUCCGCUUUUUUUCUGUUUGAAACCAUAGAAACGGCCCCGUCCCGCUCACAAAACCGAUAAUUGGUACCCUCCCUUUUUCUUUUUCUAAUAAUAAUUAUUUGAAUAUGCUCUCUCGCAACAUAUUCGAAUAUUGGAACAGAAAAAAGAAGAAGAGAGGUUGCGCAAGAAUGGUCCCGAGAGAGAGACAGAAAUGACUAGAUUUUAUCUGAAAGAUUUAUGUCGCAUGAGAGACAGACAACUUUAUUAUUAUUAAAAAUGAUUGUGUAUUUUUAGAUUCGUCAAAGUAAUGCGCCGAUUUCGCACGAUCAAGCGACUCAAAUGAUGAAUGCAAUGUUUAAUGGUGGUCUCAAAUAA